AUGAACACAUUUUCCCCAAGGGUUGGCCUCACGGUGCUGUUUGCCUUCGCAUUUCUCGGGCCGAGUGCCGGGCAGGAGAACGGCUUGCCGAAUGGCACGUGCUUCGAGGAUGCCAUAAAGGAGGAACUGCGCAAGAACCUGACAAACAUGGAGGGAGAGUCGGUCCCAGUGACUUUCUUGUUGGCAGGAUGGAGCUCUGCCCAAGUGACGAGUUCAGUGAUCGAGAUUUUGAUCUCCGAGAUUCUGGGAUACGUCAUUGCUCUUGAACCACGAGUACCUGCUUCGAGUUUGGAUUCCGUCUAUUCCAUGCUGGGCUGCGCAACCUGGUGGAAUUCCACCAGUCGUGGAUGUGAGACCAGGAAGGCCAAACAUCAUAUGAUGAUCGACAGUUGGUAUCGUAGCUUCAGCCACGUCAUCAACAGCUUGGCAGAGAUCUACAUGGAAGAGAUGCCCAUCAACGCGGGCGAUAUGGGAUAUCCAGGCGAGACGGGCGGAUACCUCCCAGCCGCUGCCGUCAACGAAGCCAGAAAUGCCUCGGGCCUGGCAUUGGAGUACUAUGCAAACUUGGACGCCUCGUGGUUCACCCCGUGGCAGUACUUCACAAAUGUGGCCACUGUCAACACAUCAGACCUUAUGACAUGCAGCGAUAGCUUGUUGACAGACAACUCCAGCGCCUACCACUACUUUGCAAAAAGUGGAGAUGCUGGUGGAGUGGACAUCACCACGGACGGAGAAGGAGUCAAGACUUACAAAUAUGUUUGUCAGGACGGCUACUUUUGGCUGUCCAGUGCCUGUAGAAGUGAUCUGACCAAGUGUGUUCCGUUUAUCACGGGCGGUGGUGGCUGGGAUGUGCUGACCACGACUCAGCAGGCUGCAGCCUACAAUAUGCCACUCGCGCUUGGAGUGGCUGCUACAUGGAGCAAAUUCUUGGAAGUGCCCAAGAAGUACAAGACCAUGUUCUAUUGGUGGACUCCGGAUAGUGCUUUUCUUGAAAUGCAGCCAUCCAAGCUCGUCCUUCCUCCCUUCAACGCAUAUGCUUGGUCUCAGUCUGACUACACCACAGCAGCUUCAGCUAUUCCUGUGGCCAAAAUCGCAACCAAAGACUUGCAAGCCAUGGCACCUGAUAUAAUCAAGCUCUUGGAAGCCAGUUUGUUUGACUUGGAGGCAGUCGACAGCAUGAUGCUCAACAUGAAAUCCAACUCAGUGACCAGGGAGCAGGCUGCCUGUGAUUGGUUGAAAGGCAACACAGAUCGGUGGAAAUCGUGGAUCCCGAAAGCCACGAAGUGCAACCCCGGCUUUGGGCUUUACGACGAUGCCACGGACACUUUCACUGCCGAGCGCGCAACCGCCACGACGUGUAGGGCUUGCCUUCCAGGGAUGUUCUCGAAGGCCUUUAUGGAUGACGAUGGCAGCACGUACAUUUGUGAAGCUUGUCCUGCGGGCCAACAGCAGCUUGGAGCCGGUGCAAUGGAUUGUGAUGCUUGUCCUGCGGGCACAGCGAAAGCAGACCAAUCUACCGAGGAGUGCGCACCAUGUGCUGCAGGUGAAUACCAGGAUGAGAAGGGAGCUCUUCAGUGCAAGAUGUGCCCGCCAGGCACCACUACGAUGAUUUUGGGCAUGAAAUCAAUCUCAGGAUGUGGUUGCCAGGCUGGCUCCAUCGAUGUCUCCGAUCUCAAUUCUCCAGAUCGGCUUGCCGCUAAUUGCAUUGAUUGUAGCGAAGGCUUGACCUGUCCGAUGAUGUCGACAGUGCCGGCGCUCCUUGCUGGGAGCAGUCCGAAUGGUGCGGCUUUUACGCCCGUGGUGAAAAGCGGAUACUUCAGCCUUGAGUCGGAGCCGAUUGGGAUGUUCAAGUGCCAAAGCACAGUCCAAUGCCCAGGUGGGGAACCCAACACUUGCGGUGGAGGCCGCAAAGGAGUUCCCUGUGGCGAAUGCCCUCCUAACACCUAUUGGGGUAGUUCGAAAUGCACAGAGUGCAGUGCGUGGUCUGUGAUUGGCUGGAUCUUGUCCCUGAUUCUGGUCUUCGUAGGCCUGGUGCUGGUGUAUUACUUCAUGAACGCGCCCAUGACGGCAAAGGCUUCCACUUUGGUCAGUACGACAUGCGCGAUCGGUAUGAUGAUCAACAUGCUUCAGAGCUUGGGGAUUGUUGGAACAGUCACGGUGGAAUGGCCAGUGAACAUCAAUGGCAUCUUCAAGUGGUUGCAGGUUUUUACCUUCGACAUUGAUGGUUUUGCCUUUUCGUGCCUUGCUGGCGAAAACCCUGUGACGCGCUACAUUGGACUUGUUCUUUUCUUCCCAGCUUGUCUUCUUUGGCUACAAUUCUGUGGCCUCAUUUCCAAAGUGAAUCCCAAGUGGGCCUGGGACAAGAUCAAGCUUCGUAGCACCAUGGGUCAGUUCUUGCAGGUGGCUUUUUCGACGAUGAGCAGCACCGCUUUGGUCCCAAUGAUUUGCUACAAGCACCCCAACGGACAACGAAGUAACCUCAAGUAUCCCAAUGUCUUCUGCGGCAGCGAUGAGCACACCGCUAUGGUCAUCGCUGGUUCUUUGAUGCUUGUUCUGGGUGUUUGUGGUUUCUGGGCCUUUGCGGCCUGGCUGGCGUACAUGUGCCCCAAGUUCAGCGCCCGAGGGAGAUACGAUCUGGUGCAGAGUGCUUGGUCGAUGGAUUAGUGGGCUGCUUGAG